AUGUCCGACUACGAUAACGAUGCCUAUCUCAAGCUUAACCGCACGACAGACGAACCCCCGGCUUUUGUUCUAGACUUCGGUAUCGAAGUCGGAGGCAUAAUCAGCUUUUCCUAUGAUCUCCAAGGAGUCGAGAAUGCGUCUGUUGGCCUGGCUUUCACAGAAGCCAAAGACUUCAUUGGCCGUAAUUCAGAUAGCUCGAGAGGUGGUAGCGGUGGCAGACCCGGUGACGGACCAUGGCUUGCAAACAUGUCUGCGUCCACGAAUGGUUACUAUGUCAUGCCCGAUGAGAGGAUUCGUGGUGGCUUCCGGUAUUUGACAAUAUUUCUCGAAACUCCAGGAACCGUUGUUUCUCUCGGCAUCACCAACGUUACCCUCGAUAUCAGCUUCCAACCGACAUGGUCGAACCUGCGAGCUUAUAAAGGUUAUUUCCACUCAGAAGACGAGUUGCUGAACAAGAUCUGGUAUAGCGGUGCGUAUACGGUGCAAACGAACUCUGUACCAGGCAACACCGGCCAGAACGCCCUGGGCAAUAGUGUUCGAGGUUGGAGAAACAAUGCUGUGAUUACCACGGCAGACACCGUGCUGCUAGACGGAGCUAAACGAGACCGAUUCGUGUGGAUUGGUGAUAUGGGCACAGCCGUUCCUUCGGCCUUCGUCGGAACUGGCGAGCUCGAAAGCACCAAGCAUGCUCUUCUAGCGAUCUUUGAUAACCAGGCAAGUUUUCCCGCAAUCAUUUUUACUCGUCAUAUCCGCGGCACAUGGGGCUAA